UGGUUUGGAAAUGAAAUCCCUUGGGUUGAGGCCUGAAGUUUGAUACAGUUUCCCAACUUUCAAUGUUUGUGUUCACAAGGGCAAACCUGGACUUGCACCUCAUGGUUGGCCUUAAAAAAUUGCACGCAUUUCGAUUGUAAUUGCAUGAGAAUCGAACGCCCACAAAGAGAAAAAUUCAAACAAAAACCAUAAAGUUACGAGGACGGUCACCAACAAGCCAGCCUAGCCAUGCUAUAGAAGGAAAAAUCAUGUGCAAUUAAAAGUUGUGUGACUUGUAUUGCAAUUAAUGCCAGCGGUGUGGCUAACCAAACUCAAAUGCUGUGGUCAAUUCCUCCCAUGCACUGCCCUUUAAUGACUCCUAUAAAUAUCCUCUGCAUCCCUCCCUGUUUUUUCACAACACUCUUCAAUUAUUUUACUUAUUCUCUUCCUCUCAAACUGAAGCUCUCAACCUUCUUUUCCUUCGUUAAGGCAGUUUGACAUAGAAAGAAAAAUCCACGGUCUUCCAGAAAUGGUGAUUCUCAAGCUAGCAGACUGGGUCAGCUUGUCCGAGCUCUUAGCUAACUCAUGGUACAGGGCUACAAGGAAGAUGAGAAGUUAUGGCUUCUUAUUGAAGAACCCAUCUCAAAAAUCAUCACAGCAACAAGCUCAGUUGUUUCCUAAUGUGAGCAAGUGCGGUUUGGAGAAUAGAGGGUCUGAUACAUUGGUGUGUGAUAUUCACGGGGGCUUGUUAAGAACCCGCUCUUUCUUUCCUUAUUUCAUGCUAGUUGCUUUCGAAGGUGGUAGCAUUUUUAGAGCAUUUUUGCUGUUGCUAUCAUGUCUCCUUUCGUGGGUUUUGGACUAUGAGCUCCAGUUAAGGGUCAUGAUCUUCAUCACCUUCUGUGGGCUCAAGAUAACGGAUAUUGAGAGUGUUGGUAGGGCAGUUUUGCCAAAGUUUUAUCUAGAGAAUCUUCAUCUUCAGGCUUAUGAGUUGUUGGCUUCAACAGGAACUAGGAUUGUUUUCACAAGCGUCCCUAGGGUGAUGGUGGAAGGAUUUCUUAAGGAAUAUUUGAGGGUUAACAAAGUGAUGGGUACAGAGUUGCACACUGUUGGAAGUUACUUCACUGGUUUGUUGUCUAAUUCUGGUUUACUAGUAAAGCACAGAGCUCUCAAGGAUUAUUUUGGAGAAAAAACGCCUGAGAUAGGCCUUGGAAGUUCAAGCCUCCCUGACCGUCUCUUCAUCUCUCUUUGCAAGGAAGCCUAUGUGGUGUACAAAGAAGAAAACAAGAACAGUGAGAGUAGUUCAGUAAUGACAAGGGACAAAUACCCAAAGCCACUUAUAUUUCAUGAUGGUAGGCUAGCUUUCUUGCCCACUCCAUUAGCAGCUCUAUUAAUGUUUAUGUGGCUUCCCCUUGGAAUAAUUCUCGCUAUCUUCAGACUCCUUGUUGGUAUUUUCCUUCCUUACAAAUUAGCUUUAUUUAUGGGCAUUCAAAGUGGAGUAGAGCUGAAGAUCAAAAUGUGCUACCCUCCUGCAAAAAGUUCAGGCCACAAAAGGGGUGUCCUCUACGUUUGCACCCAUAGGACACUAUUGGACCCAGUUUUUCUCAGCCUAUCUUUAGGUAAACCAUUGACUGCUGUGACAUAUAGCCUGAGCAAGAUGUCUGAAAUAAUAGCACCAAUUAGAACAGUGAGGUUGACCAGAGAUAGAGAACGAGAUGGGGAGACCAUGCAAAGAUUGUUAAGUGAAGGAGACUUGGUGGUUUGUCCUGAGGGGACCACUUGUAGAGAGCCAUAUUUGUUGAGAUUUAGUUCACUGUUUGCAGAGUUAGCUGAUGAGAUAGUCCCUGUGGCCGUCAAUACUCGUGUAAGCAUGUUUUAUGGGACAACUGCUAGUGGUUUGAAAUGCUUGGAUCCAAUUUUCUUCUUUAUGAACCCUAGACCUUGCUAUCAAAUUCAUAUCCUUGACAAGUUACCCAUAGAGCUCACUUGUGCUGGGGGAAGAUCUAGCUGUGAAGUGGCAAAUUAUAUCCAAAGACUGUUGGCUGAUGCUUUGGGAUUUGAGUGCACUACUCUUACAAGGAAAGAUAAGUAUAUGAUGCUAGCAGGCAAUGAAGGUGUUGUCCAGGGUAAUAAUAGGAAACCCUAGAUAUUUUUCAUAUUAUAUUAUCAACGAAUCAACCUUUACGCAUUUAUGGGCUUCCAUUUUAGAUAUUUUCUUUUUCUUUUUUUAUUUUUGUUAUUAUGAUGCUUUAUAUGAUUAGUUACCGUAUAAUUAGUUAAUAUAUUCUUUGGCAUGGUCA